AACAAUAAGACUCUGAUACUCCUGUUUCUGUUCUCUUGUUCCUUUGUUCUAAUAUUCGAUGCGAUCACCAUAGCCUGCUCUCUUUUUCUUUCUCUCUGUUCCUCUUUCACAUCCAUGGCAGAUUCUGAGAGAUUUCGUUCUUGAAUUUCUAAUGGAGAUCUUCUGCAAAGUUUUUGUUUUUCUUUCUCUUUUCUCUGUUUUGGUAGAAUCUCUCUGCAACACUACAGACCAGAAGUUACUUGCAGAGGCGUUCAGCUCCGUCUCCAAUUUCCACAUCUCGUUUUUCAAAUCUGCAGAUGGGAACUGCCCGAAUCCGCCAAUUACAGAAGUAAAGCUUCCUUCGAGGAAUCUGAGCGGGACCGUUUCAUGGAAGUUUCUCAGAAACAUGUCGCAGUUGCAGUCGAUUGAUCUCUCGGAUAAUUUCCUUCAGGGUUCGGUUCCAGGGAGAUUCUGGUCGAUGCCAAGCCUUGUUAAGGUCAAUCUCGCCAUGAAUCGCCUUGGAGGGAGUAUUGGUUUCGAGACCACAUCGGGAAUCGUUUCAACUUCUUCACUUCUAACGCUCAAUCUCUCCCGUAACAGGUUCUCUGACUCGGUUUACCUUUCGGGAUUUCCCAAACUGAGAGUUCUGGACCUUUCGAUUAAUGAUCUAAGGACUUUACCUUCUGGAUUAAAGAAUCUCCAGAAGCUUGAGCAUCUCGACAUCUCAACCUGCAACAUUUCAGGAAAUUCAAAGCUCUUAUCCAACCUUUCCUCUUUGAAGUACCUCGACGUUUCUGACAACUCCAUGAAUGGUAACUUCCCUUCUGAUUUCCCUCCACUCAAUAGUCUCAAUCAAUUGAACGUCUCAGUUAACAACUUCACUGGCCGAGUUGACCGGGAUACACUCAAGAGGUUUGGUAAGUCGGCUUUCAUCAAAACGAAGAUUUCCAAUCCUUUAAAAGCCCCAAAUCCGGCAAUUAGAACUUAUCCGAGAAAAGCUCCCCUUCCCCCUCCUCCUCCCAAAUCAAAACGAAAAUAUCUGGUUCUGGGUUCAGUCAUUGCAGCUACUUCCAUCAUCUUCGCCAUGGGAGUCUGCAUAGCUUGGAUGUACAGAAGAAGGAGAGCGAAAAGAAAGCAAUGGGUGAUCUCAAGACCGACUCAUCAGUUACCGAUUAAGAUUGAGAAAUCAGGACCGUUCUCGUUCGAGACCGAGUCAGGGACAUGGGUGGCAGACAUUAAAGAGCCGUCGUCGGCGCCGGUAGUAAUGUUUGAGAAACCGUUGAUGAAUCUGACAUUUACGGAUCUGAUUGUGGCCACGUCACACUUCGGGAAGGAGUCCCAGCUCGCUGAUGGGAGAGGUGGGCCCGUUUAUUCGGCGGUGUUACCCGGAGAUAUUCAUGUUGCCAUUAAGGUAUUGGAGAGGAGCAGAGAUGUUGCCCACGUGGACGCCGUGGCAUUGUUCCAUGAUCUUUCUCGGCUUAAACACCCCAAUCUCCUUCCUCUUUCUGGUUAUUGCAUUGCAGGGAAGGAGAAGCUACUUCUAUACGAGUUCAUGCCGAACGGCGACUUGCACCGGUGGCUGCAUGAGUUGCCGGCGGGGGAGACUAACGUAGAGGACUGGAGUAACGACACGUGGGAGCUUCAACAUAACGAGAUCUCCUUGGCGGAGAAGAUGGGUUGGCGGACUCGUCACAAAAUCGCCUUGGGGAUCGCUCGUGGGCUCGCAUACCUCCACCAUGCCGGUUCGAAGCCUGUGGUUCAUGGUCAUCUUGUGUCGUCUAAUAUCCUACUCGCAGACGAUUUCGAACCGCGAAUUGCCGAUUUCGGGCUCCGAGGGAUGGAAGAAACCGGGGGAAUUGAAGCUGACGUGUAUAGUUUCGGGGUGGUCUUGAUAGAGUUGCUAAUGGGGAAAGCGGGGACGAGAGAGACGGUGGUUUGGGUUCGAGGGUUGGUGAAGGAGAGGCGGGGGGUGGAUGAGGCGUUGGACCCGAGGUUGAGACUUGGGGACGAAUCAUCGGCGAGUGAAAUGGUGGAGACUCUCCGAGUCGGGUACCUGUGUACAGCCGAGUCUCCAGAGAAAAGACCGACGAUGCAACAGGUGGUUGGUCUGCUCAAGGACAUACAUUCGCCGGCGAUCAUCAGUUGAAUUGAGUUGACUCGCUCUCCUGUCUCGUCAAUUCUCACUUUUCAAGUUGCAAGUUCCCAUGACUCGCCGCUGCUUAUGAAAAUCUUGCUUUUCCCUCUCAUGCCUCAUGGGAUUAGCGUACGCGCGCGCGCGCGUGCGUCUUUUUUUUCUCACUUUUUCUCUCCUUUCUAAUUUUGCUUUGUUAUGUCAAUUAAAAGUUAAUUAUGAUAUCGUAAUUAUGUA